CGAGCAAAAGGCGCAGGGCUGCGGAGUCGCAGAGCCAGACGGCAGCUGGAGACGGAGGGACGCGCAUGGAGCCUGGACCGGGCCGCCGAUAGAGACAGACACAGACUCACACACACACAGCCACCUUCUUUCUGCACUCCGGCAGAGGCAGCGACGUCCGAACAAAGGAAGCCCCCGGCGGGCAUCCGAGCUCCGCCGGGUGCCAGGCAGCCCUGAGUCCCGGGCCGCAGACAGGCGACACACACACGCACACACACAGAGGCUCCGGGAGCCGCUCUGGGAGCCGCACGGUGAGCAGCGGCGGCGGCGGCGGCGGCGCCGUGGGGGGGAGCCGCGCCAUGGGGGAGACCAAGAUCAUCUACCACCUGGACGAGCAGGAGACGCCGUACCUGGUGAAGGUGCCCGUCCCCGCCGACCGGGUCACUCUGGCCGACUUCAAGAACGUGCUGAACAAGCCCAACUACAAGUUCUUCUUCAAAUCCAUGGACGAUGACUUCGGAGUGGUAAAGGAAGAGAUCUCCGAUGACAACGCCAAACUGCCUUGCUUUAAUGGCCGAGUUGUAAGCUGGCUGGUGUCAGCAGAAGGGGCCCAGUCGGAUGGUGGUUCUGUGUGUGUGGACAGCCAGCUGGACCUCCCCCCUCCGCUGGAGAGGACUGGGGGAAUUGGGGAUUCCAGGCCUCCUUCUUUCCAUGCUAAUGCUGCAGGCAGUCAGGACAACCUCGACAAUGAAACGGAGACGGACUCGGUGGCGUCUGUGCGGAGAGAGCGGGAGAGACCACGGAGAAGAGACGCCCACGAUCACGGCGGGAGAAUGAAUGGCCAUUCACGGCGGGUGGAGCUUGGAGGCUACGAGAGCUCAUCAACACUCAUGAGCAGCGAGCUGGAGUCUACGAGCUUCUUUGACUCGGAGGAGGAGGAUGCUGCAAGCCGGUUCAGCAGUUCUACUGAGCAGAGCAGCUCCUCCCGCCUAAUGAGACGCCAUCGGCGGCGGCGGCGGAAACCCAAAGCACCACGGAUGGAGAGGUCUUCCUCUUUCAGCAGCAUCACAGACUCCACCAUGUCCCUGAACAUCAUCACUGUCACUUUAAACAUGGAGAAGUACAACUUCCUGGGCAUCAGCAUUGUGGGGCAGAGCAACGAGCGGGGAGAUGGGGGAAUCUACAUCGGCUCUAUCAUGAAGGGCGGAGCUGUGGCAGCUGAUGGACGCAUUGAGCCAGGAGACAUGCUGCUUCAGGUGAACGACAUAAACUUUGAGAACAUGAGCAAUGAUGAUGCGGUUCGGGUGCUAAGGGAGAUUGUACACAAACCAGGGCCCAUAACUCUGACUGUAGCCAAGUGCUGGGACCCCAACCCACGUGGCUGCUUCACACUGCCCAGGAGUGAGCCUAUUCGGCCCAUUGACCCAGCCGCUUGGGUGUCCCACACCGCAGCCAUGACGGGAGCAUACCCGGUAUAUGGUAUGAGCCCUUCUGUGAGCACCAUCACAUCCACCAGCUCCUCCAUCACCAGCUCCAUCCCAGAGACGGAGCGAUUUGAUGACUUCCACCUGUCCAUCCAUAGUGACAUGGCGACUGUUGCCAAGGCAAUGGCCUCCCCAGAAUCUGGGUUGGAAGUGCGGGACAGGAUGUGGCUGAAGAUCACAAUACCAAAUGCCUUUAUAGGUUCGGAUGUCGUGGACUGGCUCUAUCGACAUGUGGAGGGCUUCACAGACCGCCGUGAGGCAAGGAAGUAUGCCAGCAACUUGCUAAAGGCUGGCUACAUCCGCCACACCGUCAACAAGAUCACCUUCUCGGAGCAGUGCUACUACAUCUUUGGGGACUUGUGUGGCAAUAUGGCCCAUCUUUCCCUGCACGAGCAGGACGGCUCGAGCGGCACUUCUGACCAGGACACCCUGGCUCCCUUGCCCCACCCUGGAGCUGCACCCUGGCCCAUUGCUUUCCCCUAUCAUUACCCGAUCCCACACCCCUAUAACCCCCACCCCGCCAUCGAGGCCCCCUAUGUCUACACUGCUGCGGGGGGUAGUGCCGGCAGCCAGCACAGUGAAGGGAGCCGCAGUAGUGGCUCGAAUCGCAGCGGGAACAAGAAGGAAGCCAAACCGGGAGCAGGGGAGUCCAAAUCGGGUGGCAGUGGCAGCGAGUCUGAGCAGAGGCGGGAAAAAGCUCCCAGCGAGAGAUCGGUGGCUCCCCCUAGUGAGCACAGUGUGCGCAGCACCCACUCGCAAUCCCACAACAUAGUGUACGGUGCUCCUGGCCUGCCCCCCCAGCCCUCAGCCCCCAUCUCUCUGGCCCCACCUGGAUCCCCCCCGAACCGUGACCUGGGUUCUGUACCCCCGGAGCUCACAGCAUCCCGCCAGUCAUUCCGCAUGGCCAUGGGCAACCCCAGUGAGUUCUUUGUGGAUGUCAUGUGACCCGUGUCAGGUGAACGUGGGGGGGCAGCCUCAUAGAAGGC